CGCGGGUCCUGCGGCCGCCGGUGCCGCCGCCCCCGCUGGCCGGGCCUCGGGCACGUUUCCAGAGUUUGGUUUGGCUGCAGUAACUCACGCCACAGAGCCGUGCACAUGCCUGGGCUUAAGAAACACAGUUAAAAAACUGCCAAUUGCCACCUGCCUUUUAGAAGCUCCAGAACAUCACGUUUGGAUUCUGGAAUUCCUCAAAUCUCAAGCAAGACCUUGCGUGAAUGUUGACAUUUUCUGCUUGCUGUCUAGGCUGUGCAUUCUUCUGGAGCUCACGAGGGCCUGGCGUCCGCCUGGCUCUGCAAGCCAGCAUGGCGAGGGUGAUGAGCUGUGCUGCGGCAGCUUGCAUGGUGGUGCUGGGCUUGCUAAUGACUUCGUUAACGGGGUCUUCGGUGCCGAACAGUGAGUGUCCACAGCUUUGCGUCUGUGAGAUCCGGCCCUGGUUUACCCCACAGUCGACGUACAGAGAAGCCAUCACUGUUGACUGCAAUGACCUGCGCCUCACCAGGAUUCCCAGCAACCUCUCCAGUGACACGCAGGUGCUGCUCCUGCAGAGCAACAACAUCGCCAAGACUGCCGACGAGCUGCAGCAGCUCUUCAACCUGACGGAGCUGGACUUCUCCCAGAACAACUUCACCAGUGUCAGGGAGGUGGGGCUGGCCAACCUGACCCAGCUCACCACCCUGCAUCUGGAGGAAAACCAGAUCACCGAGAUGACGGAUUACUGUCUGCAAGACCUGAGCAACCUUCAAGAACUCUACAUCAACCACAACCAGAUUAGCACCAUCUCUGCCAAUGCUUUUUCAGGCUUAAAAAAUCUUCUGAGGCUCCAUCUGAACUCCAACAAACUGAAGGUUAUUGACAGCCGGUGGUUUGAUUCGACACCAAACCUGGAAAUUCUCAUGAUUGGGGAAAACCCUGUGAUCGGAAUUCUAGAUAUGAAUUUCAAACCCCUCUCAAACUUGAGAAGCUUAGUUUUGGCAGGGAUGUAUCUCACCGAUAUUCCUGGAAAUGCCUUGGUGGGCUUGGAUAGCUUGGAGAGCCUGUCUUUUUACGAUAACAAACUGAUCAAAGUCCCUCAGCUUGCCCUGCAAAAAGUCCCAAAUCUGAAAUUCUUAGACCUCAACAAGAACCCCAUUCACAAAAUCCAGGAAGGGGACUUCAAAGACAUGCUUCGGCUGAAGGAGCUGGGCAUCAACAACAUGGGGGAGCUCGUGUCUGUGGACCGCUACGCCCUGGACAACCUGCCCGAGCUCACGAAGCUGGAGGCCACCAACAACCCCAAACUCUCUUACAUCCACCGCUCAGCUUUCCGAAGCGUCCCCGCCCUGGAAAGCUUGAUGUUGAACAACAACGCCCUGAAUGCCGUUUACCAAAAGACAGUAGAAUCUCUCCCCAACCUGCGUGAGAUCAGCAUCCACAGCAACCCACUGAGGUGCGACUGUGUCAUCCACUGGGUCAACUCCAACAAGACCAACAUCCGCUUCAUGGAGCCCCUGUCCAUGUUCUGUGCCAUGCCGCCCGAAUACCGGGGGCAGCAGGUGAAAGAGGUCCUAAUCCAAGAUGCAGGUGAACAGUGCCUCCCCAUGAUAGCUCAUGACGCCUUCCCCAACCACUUAAACAUGGAUAUUGGCACUACGGUUUUCCUGGACUGCCGGGCCAUGGCUGAGCCAGAGCCCGAAAUUUACUGGGUCACUCCAGUUGGAAAUAAGAUAACAGUAGAAACACUUUCAGAUAAAUACAGGCUAAGUAGUGAGGGUACCUUGGAAAUAGCUAACAUACAGAUUGAAGACUCGGGAAGGUACACAUGUGUUGCCCAGAAUGUCCAAGGAGCAGAUACGAGAGUGGCCACAGUUAAGGUUAAUGGGACCCUUCUGGAUGGUACCCAGGUGCUGAAAAUCUCUGUCAAGCAGACGGAAUCCCAUUCCAUCCUAGUGUCCUGGAAAGUGAACGCCAACGUCAUGACAUCCAACUUGAGGUGGUCAUCUGCCACCAUGAAGAUUGACAACCCCCACAUAACCUACACUGCCAGAGUCCCAGUCGACGUCCAUGAGUACAACCUCACCCACCUGCAGCCAUCCACAGAUUACGAGGUGUGCCUCACGGUGUCGAACAUUCACCAGCAGACUCAGAAGUCGUGCGUAAACGUCACCACCAAAAACGCGGCCUUUGCCCUGGACCUCUCUGAUCAAGACACCAGCACAGCCCUCGCCGCCGUGAUGGGGUCCAUGUUUGCUGUCAUCAGCCUCGUGUCCGCAGCUGUGUACAUCGCCAAGAGAUUUAAGAGGAAAAACUACCACCACUCAUUAAAAAAGUACAUGCAGAAGACCUCCUCCAUUCCACUCAACGAGCUGUACCCUCCGCUCAUCAACCUCUGGGAAGGUGACAGCGAGAAAGACAAAGACGGCUCUGCGGACACCAAGCCCGUCCAGGUCGACACAUCCAGAAGCUAUUACAUGUGGUAACUCCGUGGAUAUUUUGCUUCUGGUAGUAAGGAGCACAAAGACAUUUUUGCUUUAUUCUGCAAAAGUAACAAGUGGAAGACUUUUGUAUUUCUGACUUUGCUAGUUUGUGCCAGAGUGGAGACGAUGGGUGGAUAGUUCAGAUUUUUUUUAGUAUAGCGUAUUGCAAGGGUUUGACACAGCUGGCAGCAAUUCAAGGCUUCCAGUUUGUGUCUGGUUUUUAUUCUUAUCAUAUUAUGGUUAUAUUAUUAUUAUUGUUAUUAUUAUUAUUAUUAUUAUUUUAGUUGGUGUGCUAAAUCCAAUAAUGCUGUUCUAACUACGAUGCUCAAUAAAUGGAUUACUGACAGGUUGGGGUUCCCCUGUGCUUUCACCAGUAGCAUGACCCCUUCUUCUGAAGCCAUCAGAGAAAGCACCAUGUCCUCUAAAAAGCUAACGUACAGCUCUGAAGCAGCAUUGAACCUUUUGUAGCAAUCUGGUCUACAGACUUUUAACUCAAGAAGCUAAGUAUAGACUUGCUACCUUCCUUGAAUGAUGUUAGUUGACUGUACUGUAAUGUUGUAUCAACUGAAUUGAAUGUUUGCCUUUGAAUCAUGAUUUUUCUUUCUUGUUUUAUUUUUUUUUGUAAUAGUUAACCAGGCUUAGAAUAAGCUAACAGGCAAUAGAAAUAUGUAAGCCAGAGUUUUUUAAUGUAACAGACUACAUGUUAAUUGUUACCUUAUUCUUUUUAUCUUUAGUAGACACUUUUAAAAGAAAAGACAAUAAUUUUGUUGUGUUUCACUCACCAACAUGUGGUGUAUAAUGAAGACAGAACUAUAAUAAAUUAGUUUUGUUCUGAUUUUUUAGAACAGUUGCAAUAAUGUAUCAUUUAUAGUUCUAGUUGAAGUGGUAAUGUUUUUCACAUCUAUGAAAACAACAACCAAAAUAAAUCAGUUAAGGCAUGUUGCUUUUUAAAACUAGGCCAUAAAAAGUUUUGAACUCUUUUUCUAAGGGAAGAAAUAUAUAUUUUAAUGAAGCUAUUAUUCUAGUGAAUAGGAUUUCUAUAUUUUCAAUAUCACUGACCAGAACCGAAGGGGGGAGGUGUGGUUCAUAUAAAGGAAAAAGGUGUAUUAUUGUAACCAUGCAUAAGUAA